UGGGCGGAGCGACGCAGGGACGACGAGCGGAGAGAUAUAAACCCACUCUGAGAUCACCAGGGUAGGGGAUAAAGAUAGUAAAACCCACCGACUUGCUUUCACCGAGCACUGUUUAUAUAUUUCAUCACUUCAUCAAAGAGAGGGAGGCCAGCCCAGGAUGAACGGCAACUCAGGUGCCGGCGUGGUGACGGCCCCCCCUCCCACCACAGCCCCACACAAGGAGCGGUACUUCGACCGGGUGGAUGAGAGCAGCCCGGAGUACCAGAGGGAGAGAAACAUGGCACCCGACCUGCGGCAGGACUUCAACAUGAUGGAGCAGAGGAAGAGGGUCUCCAUGAUACUACAGAGUCCGGCAUUCUGCGAUGAGCUGGAGACAAUGAUCCAGGAUCAGCUGAAGAAGGGGAAGACACCCACUAGCCUGUUGGCUCUGCAGCAGAUCGCAGACUUCAUGACCACCAGCAUGCCUUCCAUGUAUCCCGCUGCACCUCAGGGAGGCAUGGCGGCACUCAACAUGAGUUUGGGUAUGGUGACUCCAGUGAAUGAUCUGCGUGGCUCAGACUCUAUUUCCUAUGACAAGGACGAGAAGUUGCUCCGCUGCAAGCUGGCUGCCUUUUAUCGGCUCGCUGACUUGUUCGGCUGGUCCGAGCUCAUCUACAACCACAUCACAGUCAGGGUGAACUCAGACCAGGAGCGCUUCCUAAUUAUCCCCUUUGGGCUCCUGUACAGUGAAGUCACCGCUUCCAGUCUGGUGAAGAUAAACCUUCAAGGUGAGAUAGUUGACCGGGGAAGCACCAAUCUCGGGGUCAACCAGGCCGGCUUCACUCUCCACUCUGCCAUCUACGCUGCACGGCCCGAUGUCAAGUGUAUCGUACAUAUACAUACAUCCGCUGGUGGUGCGGUGUCCGCCAUGAAAUGCGGCCUGUUGCCCAUCUCACCUGAGGCACUGUCCCUGGGUGAGGUGGCCUAUCAUGACUACCAAGGCAUACUGGUCGAUGAGGAAGAAAGUACCCUCAUACAGAGGAACCUUGGGCCUAACAGCAAGGUGCUCAUUCUGAGGAACCAUGGCUUGGUGUCUGUAGGCGAAACAGUGGAGGAAGCUUUCUAUUACAUCCACAAUCUGGUCACUGCCUGUGAGAUCCAGGUGCGAACACUGGCCAGCGCUGGAGGGCCCGAUAAUCUGGUGUUGUUGGAUCCAACGAAAUACAAGUCCCGCCCACGGGUCCCGGAGCCAGCCGUCGAUGGGCCUUCUACACACCCCAAGUGGCUAGUUGGGGAGCAGGAGUUUGAGGCUCUCAUGAGAAUGCUCGACAACUUGGGCUACAGGACGGGCUACCCUUACCGCUGCCCAGCAUUGCGAGACAAAGCUAAAAAGCACAGUGAAGUGGAGAUCGCUCCCUCCACCCACGGUGGUUACUCAUACGGGGAGGACAGUGACUCAGGUGCUCGCUCCCCAAUGAAACAGAGCUUCCAGCGCGGCCAGCGUGACAAGACCCGCUGGCUCAAUGCCGGCGGCCGGCCUGACGAGCCCUGCGAGGAUGGGCCCGACGGCAGCAGCCCCAAGUCGAAGCCUAAGGUGUGGACGAACAUAACACACGAUCACGUCAAACCCUUGCUGCAGUCUCUCUCGUCUGGUGUCUGCGUGCCAAGCUGUAUAACCAACUGCUUGUGGACAAAGGAAGACGGACUCCGCCAGUCUGCCGCGGCCAAUCAGUUCAUCCCAAUGAACACCAACCCAAAGGAAGUCCUGGAAAUGAGGAAUAAGAUCCGGGAGCAGAACCUGCAGGACAUAACCACAGCAGGGCCCCAGUCUCAGGUUCUGUGUGCCAGCACCAUGGUGGAACGCUCCUUCACCCAGGGGGAGCUAGUGACCGCAUCCAAAGCCAUCAUCGAGAAGGAGUACCAACCCAAGGUUAUCGUCAGCAAGCAGGGUCCCAACCCCUUCACCAAACUCACCGACCAGGAGCUGGAGGAGUACCGCAAGGAGGUGGAGCAGAAACAGAAAGGGCCUGAAGUGCAGGGACGAGACGAUAGUAGGGAGGGAUCAGCCUCCAGCGUACCCUAUCCUGAGCCUGAAACGCUACCGAGGGGUCGAUCCUCCGUCUCCACACCUCUGCAGUCUGCCACUGUGUCACCCAGCUUAGAGAUAGCCCCAGCUCCGAGUGCCACACCGGCCUCUUCCUCCAUCGUCCUCUCCAGUGGGGCUGAGCCAGCUCAGGGCGGCACAGACUCUGCAGACGACGUUUUUUCGACCGCAGAAGAGGUUUUUUCAGCUCCAGAUUCCCCACACAAGGAGUUCCACUGCGCCGUGGUGCGAGCCCUCAGCAAGGAGCCGUCAGCAGUACAGGCAGCUAAGGCAGAGCAGGCUCCAGACCAGGAGCAGCUUGAAGAGCCUGAGGAGGCAGAGCCCAAAAGCCAGAAACCCACCGCCACUCCACCCAGCACCCCCAUCAGAGCAGAGGAAGAGUCCCUGCCAGAACAAACUUAUAAGGAUGAGAGUGACGCCGCCACCCUGAGACAGACCCUUCCAGAUUUAACACCUGAUGACCCCUCCGAUGCCCCAGCACUUCCUGCCGAAGACUGCCCCUCUGCCCCUGCCACCGCAGACGCAGCUGAGGUAGAGGAGCCUGCGGACGCUGGCGACCAGGAGGGAGAAGAGUCUCCCAGCAAAUCACCCUCCAAAAAGAAAAAGAAGUUCCGCACCCCUUCCUUCUUAAAGAAAAACAAAAAAAAGACAGAGUCCUAAAUUAGAGAAUGUUGGAUCGGUCCUCAAGGCUGGCCUCUGCCUCUUUUCAUUUUCGCUUCUUGUCUGCUAUCAGUGCACCCUGCGAGCAAGCCACAGUAACACACAGUUAAGCUUUUUUUGUUGUUUUGAUAUUAUUUGUCGCUGGCUUAUUAACCUAUUUUUCCUCGUUAGUGUGUGCCAAUUUUGUAUACAGUGUAAAAAUGAUUGAUUGCACAAAGGUUUUUAAUUAUUAGAGGCUUUUUAGUUGUGUGAGUGAUGCAUUCUGUCUAGUCCACUCCAUCCGGCCUUUGAUGCAUGUCUAUUACUACAGGCCCACACUUAAGGUUUGAGGGUGAGAUUUUAGUGUUUUAUCGCCCUCAUUUAUUUUUAAAGAGUAUUGCUAAACUGUUGUAACCACUAGAAUGUAUUGGGAUUGUAUCAAAAAUAUGUCAAAAGUGUCUUUUCAAAAACGGUGAAUGCAGAAAGAGAAGCUUGUACUCUCUCAUUUAACUGGUGGUCAAUUUGGACAGUGAGAACUACAAAUUGCAUAGUGCUAAUUUUACCCUCUGAAGCUGUGUGCCCAUGUAAGUACAUGUUGGCGGGCCAGGAAAACAGUUGGGAUAUUUUCAGGUAAUUAAAAAUGGAAAAUGCAGUCAUACAAAGUCAAUUCCAUAAUCGAGUAUUUUCAUUAAAUCAUCCACAAGCUAAAUCCCAUUUGGCAGUUUUAAAACUCAAAAUCUUCUACUCACACAAGCAUUAAACACGGCCUUAACUUACAGGUUUAAUGAAUCCGCGGUGCUGCAAACGUGCAGGUGAUCAUGUUUGAACCUGGUGAUGUAGAGCGUGGUUCACAACAAAGUCUGAGUCUUCCCGGGAUGCGUCAACAAGCUUUGUGCUUGUUGAUUAUUCCAAGGGUUGAUAAUAUAUUUGCUGGAAGUCUUUAGUAUGAAGGAAUGUGUAAAAACAAAUUCUCAGAUAUGUUUUUUUUUUUCGCCAUUUAUUUUAAUUAUUUGAGCCUAGCUUUGUUUUGCAUUUGCCCCUUAAUUUCUUUGUCUUUGUAAAAAGUCAGAAGCAAUGCAAAAAAUGCUACAUAUUGUGUGAGAUUCCAUUUUUGUUCUCGGUUAUGUAUUGCUUUUUCUCACUACGUAGAUUGAGCCAUGAUUGAUUGCUGUGAGAGAGCACUGUGAACCUCCUCUUUUAUAAACUACUGUCUGGAGCUCAUACAACACGUUCUAUCAUAAACAUAGAUACAAUAGUUACAGAUCAUGAAAGCUGCAUGAUCAAUCAUAUGUCAGAACCCUCAACCUGGACUUUCCUGUGUAAAACUCCACUCUGAGCAAAUACAACUUCAUCAUUGAAUACCUGUGUUUCCAGUUGCCGUAAAAACACAAUGUACACUGGAGAAGCAUUUUCUUUUUUUUGCUCACUGAUGUGUAAUCAAUGGUGUGAUUGCAAAUGAGCUGUGCUUAAGGUUGCAGGGCAUUAAUACAUAGGCCAUCUCCAUGCAUUGUUAACUAUUUUAGUUAAGGUUAGUCAUCCGUCUAACUCGUGAUGAACCAAAAGGCAAAAGUAACGGGAAGCAUCACCUAAUCUAAGGCGCUUAAUAAACCUUUUGUUCACGACAGAUGGUGUUUCUACAUCAUUGCAUACAAGCUGAGAAUGUCUAACUCAUGAAGGACUUUGUGUAGAGUGCUUAGAGUGUGUACUGUCCUUUUUAAAUGACUGUAACUACCCCUUUUUUAUUUGAAUUAUAUAUUUUUAUUUUAGGUUUAGGACUCAAGUCCUUGUCAUGGUUUUCAUUUAAGUCAACCAUAGAUUCUUUUUUAUUUUUAUCUUGCAGCUAUGCUGAUUUGUAUUCUCUGUCUGAACUACUUCCAGUUUAAAUGUCUCAUUAUACCAUCUACAGACUUAAUACUUCCACCUAUCUUUUCUCAUGGUUCUGCCUCUUUUACAGCCAUGAAUAAAAACACUAUUGAAAAUCA